ACACGGAGCGCAGCUGAGACGGUCGACUGGAUAACAACACAGAAAGAGAAAUUCUGUCAGUGAAAUAAGAUGGAUGGAGACAAGGCUCAAUAUUCAUGCCUUAUGGAGUCUCUGAAGAGGAGACGGCGGCUAGGCCCUGACGAGCUUAGACUUAUUGCUGAACAUGACAGCGAUGAAGAUCAUGAAGGCAUGACCAUUGAAGAGGAGGACUUCAUGGACAUGGAGCUCCUGGAUGAAGGGGAAGAAGAGGAUGAAGAAGAGCAAGAUGAGCAGAGGGAUCAACCAACAACCUCCUAUCGGUCAAAGUUCAGUGUGCAUUGUUCAUUGGAAGGAGGUGACUUGAGGUAAUUAUCCAUUGUGCAUUGUCUGUUAAAUAUUUUGUAGUGAAUUUUUGGCAAAAUGGCUUAGAUGAGAUUUGAUAUCCUGUUGCCUCAAAACUGUUUACUGAAUUGUUCAAUGAUUAUCCUGAACAAAUAAUUGCUUUUUCUUGUAUUGUUGAAUUGGAUUAUUUGAGAGUUUGUUUUAUGGAGUGAUGCAUUGUUCAUUUUUCUUCAAUAGUG